CAGACAAGUAAUUAUGACAAUAGCUAACUACCCCUAUCAACUUUCACAGCCAAGCUCAGCCAAGCUCAGCCCGCAUAUAGCCCGGGGCAUUCGCUCGCGCCAAGCCCGUUGCCGCAGCUCGGCCACAUGGCGCGCACGCAUGCUAAUGUAGCGCAAUAGCCCGUCGGAGUCCGGGCCACAGCCGUUCAUCGGAGUUGGCCCAGUUUGGGUUUGCUGGGGGCAGCCACUCAAAUUGCACCCCCCUAACCCCCCCAAUGAUCCAUCUUCCAAGCCAGUCCCACGUUUUCUCGGCAGCCAAGGUUCCUCCCAGCGUUUGAAAAUUAAUUAGAUAUUAUCUACACUUUUGACAGACAACUAUAGAUGGCCGAAGCGGAGAGAGCCAAGCCGCCACCGGCGCCGCCGCCCCUGCUGCUCCCACCCGAUGUUGGCCCACCCAGCGAGUCCAGAACGGACGACGACAGCAGGCUAGCGGAAAAGGUCGAGACGCCAUCGCCGACCGAGCCCUCUCAGACAUCCUCGGAUACGGAAGAUGCCGGCGCAGCCGCCUUUCCCAUCCCCCUGUACCGCCGGCUGUGGAACUGGAAACCUAGGCCGGCGCGAUACGACCCGGACAACCCGCCCAAGUUCACCGUGUGGAUGAACAUAUUGUUUGGCUUUGCGUCGUGCUUCACCGUGUCCAACCUGUACUACAACCAAGCGAUUCUCAACCGCAUGGCCGAGACGUUCGGCGUGAGCUUCGAGCAGGCGUCGUCGGUGGCGACACUGAUGCAAGCCGGGUACGCGGCGGGCUUGCUGCUGAUCUGCCCGCUGGGCGACAUCUUCCCGCGGCGGCCGUUCAUGCUGGCGCUGAUCGGCUUCACGGCCGCGCUGUGGCUGGUGCUUUGCCUGACGCACUCGUUCGCCGCCUUCGCCGGCGUCUCGUUCGUCUGCGGCGCCACCACCGUCACCCCGCAGCUGAUGCUGCCGCUCGUCGGCGACCUCGCCCCCGCCCACCGCCGCGCCAGCUCGCUCGCCGUGGUGGUCUCCGGCCUGUCGCUGGGCAUCCUCGUCGCGCGCAUCCUGUCGGGCGUCAUGGCCAGCUACACGGAUUGGCGUGAUAUUUAUUGGUUUGGGCUGGGGGUGCAGUUCCUCGUGCUGGCGCUGCUGUAUGUCUUCCUGCCCGACUACCCGUCCAAGAACCCCGGCGGGCUCAACUAUUUUGGUAUGUUGUGGAGCGUCGCGCGCCUGCUGGUCACGGAGCCGCUGCUGCUGCAGGCUUCGCUGGUGUCGUUCCUGAUGAGCGCCGUCUUCACGUCGUACUGGACCACGCUGUCGUUUCUGCUGUCGUCGCCGCCCUACAGCUACUCGUCGACGGUCAUCGGCCUGUUCGGCCUGAUCGGCGUGAUUGUCAUCGUGUCGGCGCCCAUCUAUAGCCGCCUGGUCAUCGACCGCGUCGUCCCGCUAUUCUCGGCGCUGCUAGGCUUGACCAUCGAGCUAGCCGGGCUGGUGGUGGGCACCGUGACGGGCUCGACACACGUGGUCGGCCCCAUUAUUCAGGCCAUCACCGUCGACAUUGGCGCCCAAUUCACGCAGAUCGCCAACCGCUCCGCCAUCUACGGCAUCCAGCCCCUUGCCCGCAACCGCGUCAACACGGCCUACAUGGUCGCCGCCUUUUCCGGCCAGCUGACCGGCACCGCCGUCGGCAACAGGCUGUACGCCGAGGGCGGCUGGGUUUAUAGCGGCAGCUGCAGCAUUGCCUUCAUUGCGCUUGCUAUCCUCAUCUGCUUGGUUCGCGGCCCCCGGGAAGAGGGGUGGUUUGGCUGGUCUGGCGGCUGGGCUAUACGCAAAGACGACUGGCCAUCAAAUAAACGGGACGUGCCGGCAGAAGGAACGGCGGAAGAGGGUACAGUCCACAGUAGCAAUGCUCAGCCGCCUAUGCCUGCGCAGGCCUAAGUUGCUGGCCGUCGUCAAGUAAUUAGUAGGAGUUCACCAUAGUCUAAUGUCUAUAUGCUCUCGCUGUAAUUAGUCUAAUCUCGGAAUAUUAAUUAGCGUGGUACCUACCUCAGAUAGUCGGGAGUUUGUCGAAGAGAGCGCCGCGUCAAAUGAUGCAGACGACGUCUCGUUUGCGCCCAUGUUUGGCCGGAAUGGGACUGGAAACCCCUUCGCAAUAACGGGGUUCUUAACCAAGCCCUGCCAGCAGUCGCUAGCACCGAAUCUAGGGCCAUUCUCCAUAAAAAGAUCCUCUUCAGAGAACCUCACUACUAUCGGAGAGCCUUCCAGUGGGUAAGCACGGCUCAUAUUCA